UCCCAACGCUCAAGCUCCGAACUCAUUUGCCAUCAUCGUCAGUUCCAUUUCCCGCGAGCGAAGAGUCAAGAGUGAGGCCAUAAAUCCCACGAAGAAGAAGAAGGAGGAAUAGUAGGAGGAGGAGGUGGCGGUUCUCUGCCGGUACAGCCGGAGCUUACACAAGCCCGCUGUGUUGUUCCUCCUCUAAUCUGCAGAGACAUGACACUAGGGAGAGAACCAAGCACCGUCCCUCUCCGUCGAUGUCAUAAGGUACAGCUUUACAGACUGAGUAAUGCUUGGUGCUGUAUGUGAGAGGCAUUUCAAUGGGGGUGGGGGAAGAAGAGUUUGAACAAGAGCCAUAUGUGGGGUUGGAGUUUAAUACCGCAGAUGAUGCUCGUAUUUUCUAUGGCAAUUAUGCAUCACGAGUGGGUUUUAAAAUACGGUCUGGUCAAUUGUAUCGAUCGCGAGUGGAUGGAUCGGUUUGUAAUAGGAGAUUUGUGUGCUGGAAAGAAGGGUUUCAGAUUAAUUCAAGGACAGGAUGCCCUGCGUUCAUAAGGGUGAAAAAAUCUGAUUCUGGCAAGUGGGUCCUUGACCAAUUUGCGAAAGAUCAUAAUCAUGAUCUCGAUGCUUGUGAGGAGAAUCACCCUGCCAAUUCCCAGUGCAAAAGUUCAGCAACAACUGCUAAAGUAGUUGAUUUGUGCCGUAAGCCUCGGAUAAAACAGCUUGAUGUUGUCAAUAAUGGAUGCUCAUCUUCUUCAAGUAUUGCCAGUGCCAAACGCGUUAAACCGGGGGCAAAUGAAGGACAAGUGAAACUUGAGCCUUUUGUGGGUCUAAAGUUUGAUUCAGCUAACAAAGCAUACCAGCAUUAUGAUACAUAUGCUGGGAAUGUGGGAUUUAGAGUUCGUAUCGGUCAGUUGUUUCGAUCAAAGAAUGAUGGUUCGAUUACUUCUCGGAGAUUUGUCUGCUCGAAGGAAGGAUUUCAGCAUCCUUCUAGGGUUGGGUGUGGUGCAUUUAUGAGGAUUAAGAGGCAUGAUAAUGGAAGAUGGAUUGUUGAUCGUUAUCAACUAGAGCAUAACCAUGAGCUUGAGGUGCAAAUGAAAGCCAACAGAGGUUCAGCUUCUAGGAAAUUUUUAGAUGAGAUUAAUGAAACAUCGGAAAAACUAGACAUUGCUAAAAAGCACAAUGGGAGCCUCCUCAAGAAACAUCAUAUGAACAACAUAGGAAGUGAUUGGUAUACCGUGCUUCAUAAUUACUUUCAGAACCGACAAGCUGAGGACAUCGGAUUCUUUUGUGCUGUUGAUGUACAGAUGGGUUGUUGUAGGAGUCUUUUCUGGGCUGAUGGCAGAUCCAGGUUUUCCUGCAGUCAGUUUGGUGAUGCCAUCAUAUUUGAUACCUCCUAUAAGCAAAACAAUUAUGUGGUGCCAUUUGCUACUUUUGUUGGUGUUAAUCACCACAAGCAGGCAGUUCUUCUUGGAUGUGCUCUAGUUGCUGAUGAAUCAACGGAGUCCUUCAUAUGGUUGUUUGAGACAUGGCUCAGGGCAAUGUCUGGGUGUCAUCCCAAGUCCAUAAUAGCUGAUCAGGAUGAUUCCAUUCUGCAAGCGAUUGCACAGGUCUUUCCUUCGAGUCAUCAUCGAUUUUCAAUGUGGCAAAUUAAGGCAAAAGAAUGUGAGCAUUUGAGUCCAUUGAGUAGUGAAUGUAAAUAUGAAUAUGAGAAGUGUGUUUAUCAAAGUCAUACAGUUGGUGAAUUUGAUGCUGCAUGGGAUGCUCUUCUCAGCAAAUAUGGCUUGAGGGAAAAUGCUUGGCUGAAGGAAAUGUAUGAAAAGCGUGAAAACUGGGUUCCACUGUACUUGCGUGGAACAUUUUUUGCUGGAAUUCCCAUCGAUGGAGGUCUAGAUGCCUUUUUUUAUCCAUAUUUAAAUUCUCAAACGUCACUUGAAGAAUUUGUUGUGAGAUAUGAGCAAGGUUUGGAGCAACGUCGUGGCAGUGAAAGGAAAGAAGAUUAUAACUCAUUCAACCUGCAGGCAUUUUUGCAGACAAAUGAACCGAUGGAAGAGCAAUGUAGGAGGCUUUAUACCCUUUCUGUUUUCAAAGUUUUCCAGAGGGAACUUUUACAAAGCUACAGUUAUCUGGGUGCCAAGAUUCAUGAACAAGGGGCCAUCAGCAGAUAUCUGAUCCGUAAGUGCGGCAAUGAGAAUGAGAAGCAUAUCGUUACCUUUUGUACAUCCAAUCUCGAUGUGAGUUGUGGCUGUCAAAUGUUUGAAUCAGAGGGUGUAUUGUGUAGACAUGCUUUGAGAUUGUUCCAGAUUCUAGAUAUUAGGGAGCUUCCAUCUCGCUACAUCCUACAUAGGUGGACGAGGAGUGCUGAGUAUGGCACUAUACGUGAUUUUGAUUCAGGAGGUAGCUCCCACGAAAUUAAAGCUAAGAUGAUCUGGAGUCUUCGUGAAAUUGCAGCCAAAUAUGUAGAGUUUGGUGCCACAUCUUUUGAGAAAUACAAACUUGCAUAUGAAAUUAUGCAUGAGGGUGGGAGGAAACUUUGCUGGCAGAGGUAAGUUUAAGAUAAUUUUGUAUUUUAGAGUGCGUCUACAGUUUCUUUUCUAGCAAGCCUGACUUUUGUAAGAAGAAGGCAUGAACUUGUUUUAUACGGUAUAAAAGCUUUCUCAAUCAGAUGUGAAAUUAUGUGGCUAUGAAAUUAUGCAUUCUGCUAGUUCUUUUUGUUGGUU